AAUAAAAUAUUUCUUUUCAAAAAUAAUACAUCUAUGGACAGUACCAAGUAUAAUUCAACGUUUUAUGUUCUAUACACUUACAAUAUCGUAUUCGUCGUGUAUAACAAACUCAAUAAUCAUAAUUGUCAUGUGAAUUCAUAUAUAACAUAUUUUAAUACGAAUAUAUAAACGGAACGAAAUGAGAAGGAGUUUUGAUUGAGGCUGCCCUGAGCAAUGAAGGACGGACUAUCUGACACCGAUCAUAGCUGGUUCAAGUAUUUUCUAAAUACAAUAAAAUCGGUGUUGUCGUGCCGGAGUCAGAACAUCAUGAAGACAACUCGAGAUGUUUUUUAUGUUAUCUGUUACUGUAAACCCAAGCUAACAUCAUACCAUAAACUGCUGAUAUUAUAUUGGAUGAACACUAAGAAUUUUUUUUACCAUCAUGCUGUAUUAAUGACUUCAUUUAUGUUAUGGUUAAUCAAAUAUAAUUGGUGGCCAGUCAGAUUCUUAAUAGAAAAGUAUUAUUUUAUUUUGAAUUUUUUGGAUCAAAAAUUGAAUUGGAUUGAAUCAGAAUUGGAUGGUCCUAAAAUAUGUGAAGUGAAAUGUGAAGUACUUUACAAUCCAGGACCUCAGUCUACUUUUAUGGAUGUAGUUUUUAUACAUGGACUAAGAGGUGACAAACUUAAAACAUGGAAACAAGGUGUAUGGAAACAAGUAGUUCAGAAACCUGAACCCGUUGUUGUCAGGAGCUCAGGAUUGUCGACUACCAACCAACUUGAAAAAUUGGCCAUAGACAAGAAGAUUAAAGAGUUUACAAAUUGUUGGCCUAGAGAUUGGUUGCCACUAGAUUGUCCAUACGUUCGAGUCAUAACUAUUAGCUACAGUACCGAUCCUUAUUUGUGGAGACCUAUAUGGCUUAGAAAACCAUUUAGGACAACAAUGAAAGAUAGAGGAUUGGAGAUGAUAUCACUUCUAAAAGAUUUUCAUGUCGGACACAAUCCCAUUACUUGGGUUGGUCAUUCUAAAGGAGGAUUGUUCAUAAAACAAAUAUUAAUACACGCUUCUGAAAACCAGCAAACUCACCAAAUAAUAGCAAAUACUAAAGGGAUAUUGUUUUAUAGUGUGCCUCAUAAUGGAUCUCCAUUGGCUAACAUAAAAUUACCGUUGUUUGAACGAUCUAUAGAACUGCAAGAACUGGUUAACGAUACACAAGAUAUACAAAAACUACAGCAAACGUUUCACGAGAUGAUGAACAAUAAUAAACAAAUACAAGUCAAAAGUUUUAUUGAAACUAAGUUGACUUUGAUGAAACUUAUUUAUUUAAGAAUUGUUUCCAUACAAUCUGCAGAUCCUGGAUUUGGAGAUUUAUACGGAGUACCCUUGGAUCAUCGAAAUAUUUGUAAACCAAAAAAUCGGAAUUGUUUUUUGUAUCAAGAAUUGGUCAAUAUGAUACAUUCAUUAACACAAUUAACACCAGAAGGAACUUCAUAUUCUAUGCAUAAUGGAUAAGAAAAACUAUGAUUGUCACUAGGAAUCAAUACAUCAUAUAAUAUAAAUAACAAUUCAAAAUAGAUGAAUAUAUUCCAAACUCAAUCAUAAAAUGUGUAAAUAAUUACAAAGUUAUA